ACGGAGAGAAAUUAUCAAGGUUUGAUGUACUUCAGAUGUGAACAUGGAUUUUGAAACUUUCCUGAAGGAUUACAUUUGGGUGCCGAUUGUGAUAGGAGUGUUGUUGGUGAUAAUCAUUGUUUUUGUACUGUGUUAUUGCUUCAGAUGUUGUAGGAAUCGAUCUGGACAUGAAUAUGUGCCAUUGGUACAGAAUAACAGAAUAGCAGGUAGACGUUACCAGGAGAUCGGUAUUGGCCAGCGAAUGGACUUGGAGAGGAAUCAGAAACAGAAAGCACUUGAAACAUCAGCGUGGUUGAAUGCUCAGUAUUACCUUCGUGUAAAUCCUAAAUACAGCGAUGUCAAACAGUUCGAAAGUCUUGGUUCCCGUCCCCACAAGAGCUGGUUCCGUGUUAACGAGAUGUGGCAACAGAAGAAUCUUAUAAUGACAAUGGCAAAUAAACCUGACAAAAUGAUGGCGCCUUUCACAAGCACAUCUCGUGUUACUAUAAAAGAUAUGUUGGAUUUACUACAGCAUCCAUUUAUAUAUCCAAUACAUGAUAUCGACUACAUGGUGGACCAGAGUAUUGUGGUUGUACUGUAUCCAAUAUGUAAAAGAGGAUCAUUAAAAGAUUAUAUAUAUCAGAACAGCUUCACUGAACCGUGGAGGAAUAAAUAUAAAACUAAGAAAAAAGGUCUCAGUGUAACUCAGAUAAGAUGUUUUGGAAAACAGAUACUUAUGGCUCUGAUAUAUAUAGAAGAAAAGGGAUUUCCUCCACAUGGUCAUGUACAUUCUGGUAAUAUUGUUUUAGACAACAACUCUUGUAGACUUAUGGGAUGUGAGAGUUCAUUUAUUGGAGAAGAACCAAAAAUAUAUCCACUCAUAAAAAAGAAACUCAGACACAACAAAGAAGCUAUAGAUAUUAUAUGUUUUGGUCAUGUGAUAUAUGAAAUGUGUGUAGGUGCAGAACUUGACUCUGCACAUCCUCAGCCUGGGCAUCUCAGUUUGUGUAAAAACCCAGACAUUGUUGCUAUUCUGAAUUUCAUUUUUCCUGAAUCAGGAACAAAUUAUCCAUCUUUAAAAGAGAUUGCAGGACAAGAUUUUUUCUCACAAGUUCCAUUACCAGUGCUAGAUUCCUACCGUUUUGCACCAAUUAGUUUGAAUAAGGAAAUGAAGAACAUAGUGAAAGCAAUCAAGCGAGGCAUACCUAUGUUGACUAGAAGAAAAUCUAAACUGAAGAGAUCGGCCUCGAAUGCCUCAGGUCUACAAGUAUCAGUGUCACACCCAGAUCUCCACCAGGUUGAUGAGACAAAACUUCCUACCUCAUCAGCAGUGCCCCCACCUCCACCCCAGGGUGCAGCCCCUCCACCCCCACCUCCAGCAGGAAUCCCUCCACCUCCGCCUCCAGGGCCACCAGCAGGGGCACCGCCCGUACCUCCAGUAUCUAAAGAUCGGGGUGCAUUGCUAGGGGCUAUCCGCAAAGGAACAUCGCUUAAAAAGACCAAAACAAAUGAUAGAAGUGCCCCAAAAGUUUGAUGCAGAAUUGGCUAGGCUUUUAUUCAAUUUCAUUGCAAUUAUAUAGCUUACAUUUUUCAGCUGUAAAAACAGCAACUGUGUUUCUAGUUGCUGUUAAAGCAAAACAUAACCAUGACAAAAGCAGUAAAAAUUAUGAAGGGCAUUUGUCAGAUUGUUGUAGGAUCAGGGAUUAAGUGCUUAUUAGCAAAAACUUGGGAGUUUUUAACCCUUACCCUGUUAAAUUUCUAUAAUGAACUUGUCCAUCUUUCAGUUUGGACAGUGUCAUUAACUGUUAAACGGGGUGCUUACCAAAAAUAAACUGACUGAAUGGCGAACAGUGCAGAUCAUGAUCAGACUGCAUGGAUGUGCAGGCUGAUCAUGUUCUACACUGGUAGCAAAGGCAGAAUCAGUCGUGUUUAGCAUGAUAAGGGUUAAGAUGAUCUUUACGUUAAACGCAAGAUAUUUGUGUUCAGAGAUUUAAAAAGCUGCAAGACUGUGAUGACCGACUAAUAUCGUUGCUAUUUUUUAUGAAGUGUUGUGAUAGUUUUAAACAUAUCAAAUUUAUAUACUUGUUGAUUCAAUGUUAGCGAUUGUAUGCUUAUAGCAAGAAAUCAUAUAUUUAUGUUAAAGGCAAUAAACUUGUAUUUGUUUAAACAUUUAAAUGCACAGUGUAUUGGCUAAUCAAGGUGCAAAUUUAAAAUCGUUUUCUUAAAUCAUUGAAUGAUAAAAAGUAGUGACAAUUAUAUGGUUAGAUAAAAUGUUGAUGAGUUAUGUACAAAUUACAUGAAAGAAUACUGCAUUUAGUGUGCAACCCCAUCUUUGUUCAUUUGAAACACAAAUAAUAAUUCACAUGAGGAAAUUUUACAGUCAAAAUGAUACAUGGGUUCUGACUAAUACUUUGUCAAAUUCUAAGCUGAAUUCAGCUUGUAGAAAUGCAUCCUAUUUUCUUUUUUACUCAAGACUGGAUAUAGAUUAAAUAUCUUGCUAGUUGUGUUUUCGCUGUACAGUAUAAUUCUCGAUUCAGGAAGAGUUAUUUUGAAUACCAUGUAAUGUAACACUACAGGUGAUAAUCAAAACUUAAUUGACCUCUAUUUUGUUGUAUACAUUUGGAACAUCAUGACAAACUUCCUUAUUUUGGAGGCAACUUUACUGUGCUUCAUUUACAUAUGAGUUUUAUAAGUCAUAAAAGCUUAUCAAAAAUUUACGAUGCAUAAUAAAAAUAAACAUGUGGCCAGUAUCUUAGUCUGGCAUUAUGAGGUUUGGUAGGUCAUGAUGAAAAAAAAAAACAACAGAAGUUCUGUUCAAUCUAAUCUAUCAAAUUUUGUUUCUAACAUUUUCCUACAACUGGGUAUUCUGAUAUAGCUAACUACUGAAUUUGUAAUUCUUGUCUCUAGACAUACCAUGGCUUAACCUUUAGCCAGCUAAAUUUCUAAAUGGGUUUUCACUGAAAGUUUACCAACUCAAUAGCAAACAGUGGAGACCAUGAUUGUGCAGGCAGAUCUUGGUCUGCACUGGUCACAAAGACAGAAUCACUUGCCAGCAGCAGGCUAAAGGUUAAUACUAGAAAUAUUGUCACCAGAGAUUGAUAUUCAGACAGCCAUUUUACCCCCAAACAGUUGCUUCUUUCAUAACCUUCUGAAAAUCAAAAUAAAAGAGUGCCAAUAUACUAUUUGUAAACAGUGAAUCAGUGCAAUACUCUUUAGAGUCCCAGUACAUAUUUUUAUUUAUUUUUGAUCAAUUGUUGUUAAGGGUUACAUUUUUUUUACAUUUUUGUAUUAAAUUUUGGCAUGUUUAGAUUUUUUGUUGUUAAUUUGCUGCCAGGAAUAAUUCAUGAAAUUAUUGUAUCAACAUUUUUACCAACAUAGCCAGCUAAGUAUUUGCGUAGUGUAAGGUAACUAUAUAAUGUUUACAUUGACCAAGUUGUGAUACAAGAGACAAUCCGGACUAACUUUGUUGAUGGUUUAUAAGAUCUGAGUACAGUAGUUUCAGCAGGGUAUUAUUCAAUACUGGUAGUUCUUAGCUGUAGAUAGAUUUAUUUCAACAUAAAACAUACAGUUGCAUGUCACUAUAUAUUUAAACAUAUAAUUAACAAUAAACAAUAUAUAUGAAACAAUAAUAAACAUUAUAUGCUAUAAGAGUUAAGAUAUGGAAAUGAUACCCAUGACAGCCUGUGCCAUUGGUUAAUUGGACAGAUUUGUUACAGAAUUGCUCAAGGUGCUUUUUUAUGCCCCCAGCAUCUACUGAUGUGGGAGGCAUAUAGUGAUUGUCCUGUCCGUCCGUCCGUUCGUUAGAAUUUCUGUCCAUCCGUCCGUUCGUACGAGAUUAACCAAAUUUCAUCUAGCAUCAAUACCCCUUACUAGAAUGACUUGAUACUAAUGCAGAUGUAACCUGUGACCAUUCCUCAUCUUCAGACAUCACCUGACCUCAGUUUGACCUUGACCUCAUUUUGGACUUAGGUUGCUUUAUAUGGCCCAUCUCUUGGUUAACCAAAUGGGACCGUUUCAUCUAGCACCAAUACCCCUUACAAGAAUGAAUUGAUACUGAUACAGAUGUAAACUGUGACCAUUUCUCAUCUUCAAACAUCCCCUGACCUCAUUUUGACCUUGAUUUUGACCUUGUUUUGGACUUGGGUGCAAAAUCUAUCGACAAGGAUGCCACUGGGGGGCAUCAAGCAUUUAUUGAACGCAGCUCCUUGUUUCUUCUAAUCUUCAUUGAAAAUAAAAUUUGUUACAUUUGUAUUUUGUAUAGAAUAAAAACCAUUCUUUUGGAUAUUAACAUGUUUUUCUCUCGGCAUACUUAGAUAAAUUUUGAUUUUAAGAAUAACGAAAAUAAUGAAGAAGUGUAGCUACAUUUUAUCAUUUAAACAUCCGAUGAGCUCAUAUACAUUAACUAAUCCCUUAUUUGGUCCAUACUAGGCUGUUACAAUUUACACCUCCGAUUGAGUGAAAUAUUGAGGUGUGUUAUACUAGAAAUGUAUGAACUAGCAGAUUAUUUGUGAAAAAAAAAAAUGAUCCAAUAAAGAAAAAAGCUAGUUUUACAUGAUACAAUAUUAUAGUUUUAAUUUAGGUAUAGUCUCACACUGUUGUGACAUCAUCAUAUUUUGAUAAUGUUACUGCUGAAUCAUUGAAUGGUAUCCUAGCAAGUUUGCUUACAAGCAUUUUUGCACAGUUUAGAAUGUGUUUAUAGCUCCACUCACAAGUCAGUAGGACAUUUUAUCGUUAAACAUAAUUUACUUUUAGUAUAUUGUUUAGUACAGAAAUAAUACAUAUGAGCCGUGCCAUGAGAAAACCAACAUAGUGGGUGUGCAACCAGCAUGGAUCCAGACCAGCCUGCGCAACCGCGCAGUCUGGUCUGGAUCCAUGCUGUUCGCUUUUAAAGCUUACUGCAAUUAGAGAAACCAUUAGCGAACAGCAUGGAUCCUGAACAGACUGCACGGAUGCGCAGGCUGAUCUGGAUCCAUGCUGGUCGCAAACCCACUAUGUUGAUUUUCUCAUGGCACGGCUCAUAUACAGAUUGCAUAUAAUGGAAAUAAAGACAGAAUCUUCAGGUUACAAUCAGAGGGGGUAAAAUGUAACAGCCAAUUAUUAUUGUAGAAUAAUAUGCAGAUUGUACUAAUGUUAAGCACUAUUUAUAUCAAAAUAAAAUGUUUUUUCAUGACAUUUAAGUGCAUUUCCAUGACUGAAUGUAAGAGUGCAAUGUAUUCAUAUUUUAUCUUGUAUAGAACACAGCUGAGUUCUAUAUACCUGGCACAUACUCAAGACAGUUUCUGGCAUUUACAGGAGCUACUCGGUAUUUUACAGCUAUGAUUAUUACUGUUCAAGACAGUUCUUAACAUUUUAUCUUGAAAUAAUAAGAAUAAUAAAACAA